GCCCAAUUGGCUUGAAUUUCCGCCAAGCCUUCAGAAGCUGGGGCACAGACCAAGCUGCAGCAGGGGGUUUCUGAGAUACGUGUACGGAUUCGUGCCGAACUCACUUCGAACGCCAGCAACAAGGCUCGACCUCAACUCAGCACAACUCGCUGCGCGGCGUCGUUUCAAUUGACCGGUGGGACAGAUUUGCGCAGAUUCACUCGACCGCUUGCACUUGACCAACGUCUUCGAUCGGUUGUCGAGCACAUCGACUAGUCGCAGGCAACUUUCGGAGCGAUGCAAGCUCCUCCUCCUCCGCAGGGUCCCCAGGGCCCCCAUGGGCCCCAGGGCGGGCAGAUGCCGCCCAUGAUGCCCAGCCCAGAGCAGAUCGCCGCCAUGCAACGGCAGCUUGCGAUUGACGCCGAAAAGAUGGGCAUGACCGUGCCGCAGUUCAUUGAACACCUCAAGCGGCAGGCGCAAGAACGGAUGCACGCGCAGCAGCAGCAGCAGCAGCAGCAGCAAGCCCAGCAAGGCGGUGGCCAUCAACAUGAACACCAGCACCCCCACCAGCACCCUCAUCCUCACCAGCACCAGCACCAGGACACCUCCGGUCAGCCCCGGCCCAUCGUUCCGGGGCCACCUAACCCCGUCGCGUUGGCUCUCGCCAAGUUCCUGCGCAGCCAGAACCUGAAGCCGCGCACUUGUAUUCUCAAUGGCGAGCGCAAGGACAUGUUCAGGGUCAAACGCGCCCUCCGCGCCCUCCAGUCCGACGCCUACAAGGCCGCGCGCAAGAAGAACCCCGCCCUCCCCGAGAUCACGGACCGGGCCUCGCUCGAGAAUGCCUUCAAGCUCCUGCCGCUGUCGAUGCUGGCCCUGCGCGUGGUCAAGGCAGACCCGCACGACGGCCACGACCACGCCAAGAAGCAAGGCGGCAAGCGGAUCAAGGGCCUGUGGACGGUGCGCAUCGAGCCGCAGCAGGACGCCGGCGACGACAUGUACUACGUCUGGCUGUGGGAGGGCAGCCAGGUGAUGCGCAAGGUGUACGCCGGCCUCGCCCUGGCCGUCAUCUUCGCCCUCGUCUGCUACCCGCUGUGGCCCGUCAAGCUGCGCCAGGGCGGCUACUACCUCAGCUGGGGUUUCUUGUGCUUCAUGGGCCUGUUCUUCGCCAUGGCCAUCUUCCGCGUCAUUCUCUUCUGCCUGACGUACUUUAUCCUGCCGCCGGGCCUCUGGCUCUUCCCCAACCUGUGGGAGGAUGUCUCGGUGGUGGACAGCUUCAAGCCCGUCUGGGCGUGGCACGAGCCUGCGAGCAAGAAGAAGAAAAAGAAGAAGAGUAAGAAGUCGGAGAGGUCGGCGAGUGGCUCGGCAGCUGCCGGAGCGACUUUUUCCGCCACUACCGGACAGCCUGCCCCUGCGACUGCUACUACUACCGCGACUUCUACGCAGGUAUCCACGGCUCCGCAGCAACGUAGUAACUACAUGGCGCCGAGGGUGGAGGAGCUGGAGGAUGACGAGUGAGGUGUUGGUUACAGCAUCAAGCGGGGAGCGAGUGGAAAUGAGGGAGGGGGAGGGGGCUGCGCAUGUACUUUUAGGCCUGCAGUAAUCUGGUUGCUCAGGGCCGGUUCAAAAGGUAUAUCUGGUUAUUCAUAAAUGGAUCUGUUUGGGGAAAUUGUGAUUGCGCCGCCGUGGAGGCCGCAAUUAGCUCUUUUUUGAACGCAACCGCUCGGAGUUGUUCACGACUUUGACAUGACACUGUGCCCCGUGACGAUCAGCAUCCCGUCGCUUCAAG